GAGUCGAGCAUUAUUGUUCUUCUCUUGGGGGGGAAAUCCCACCCCAAAAAACAGUUUACCUUGUUGUUUUUAUUGGCAAAUUUUUUUGAUCUAAAAAGGCCACCAAAUAAGCCUUCAGAUUGUGUUCAUGUACUUACACAUACGAUCCCAACCCUGGUAGAAAUCCUGUUUAUUCCUGUCAUCAUAGCGGUUAAAGUGAAUUGAGGAUGUGUCUCUGAAAGAACAGUGUGUUGUUGUUCCCGCAGAAAGAGUGGAGGGAGGACCCUAACGGAGAAUUCAAGAGGAAGGUGGCUCGCUGCGUAAGAAAAAGUCAAGAGAUGGCUUUUGAUUAGGAAUCCAUUUAAAUUCCAGGGUAAAGGGAAUGCCUUCAGAGGGAAGGUUCAGCAGGCUUUUGCACCCCUUGUUUUGCCAGAGGAAGGAACCGGUUGGCUUCAAACACGUUUCUGUGAACGGUUUCAUUUUCCGCCAGACGAGCCAAUUUGAGAAACCCUACCAGCGAAAUUAACCCGUUUCCUACCUGGAAUUGUAUAUUUAAUUUAAUUUAUUUUGAACAAAUUAAUGAUGUAAGAUAUGUCACUACUGUAAAUUAACUUGCUUUUUUAUCUGCUGCUGAACAGUUUCUACUUUGUACCAGGUUUCUUAUGCAACUCAGUGGUCAAGAUUGUGUAAAAACUAUAAAACCCCGUCACCAGAUUAACGUCGCCCAACGAAUCCCUCUCGAUAUUUCUGAUUAUUUUCCACACCGUCUUUGAAUCACUGUUGCCUUUUGUGGGCUUCACUUCCUCACAGUGUUAUCUUUAAGAGAGACAGUUUACGAGGGGUUUCACAGUUUAAUUUCCUAAAAAACAGCUUCCUGUGUGUUAGCGUUUUAUUUAUAAAACCUUGACUCUCGAACCAGCAUGACCCCUCAAACAGCUCCGUUGUGUUUAAUCUGCUCGAUGUGAAAUGAAUGGCUUACUCGGUGAUUUGACGGUUAUUGUUUUAUAAUAUAAAGCCUCGCACACAAGCAACUUCUCAACCUCUCAUACUCCUGAUCCUUAAAGGAAUACUUCACCCACAAAAUAUCACACAAUUUAAGUCAAAUCACCCUAAAAGAAAAUGGUGUUUUUAUGCCUUCAAAGUAUACAAAAAUGAAAAAACUGACACUUAUACGGUAUAAUCCAAGUUUAAUGAACUCGUUUAUGCACAGUACUCCACAAACGCAUGACUUUUACUUUGAAAUGCUCUAUUUAAAACUCUUUUGUGCAAGAAAAUUGUAGUAAAUGGUGCAUUUGUUUGUAAAUAGUAAAGGAAUUAGUCUUCAUACGACUGGAUAAAUGUUGUGUGAGUUUGUAAAUGGAUGAUUUGAUAUAUUUUUGCUUCCCAUAUUUAAUUAAAAGUACCUCUUCAGAAUCUUUCUCCAUUUUCUGACAGACUUCAAACUAAAACAGGAUGAAUAUUUGCUAAAGAAAUUAUUAUUUUGUGGGUUAAGAACUCCUUUUACACCUGUCCCUCAUGGUCCAUUAGGACAUCUAUUCAUUAUCACUCGUUAUAAGGAAUCACGGAAAACCAAAUACAGUGGGGAAAUAGCCAAAACUGCAAAGAAAUCCACGUUAACUCAAUUUAAAGGUGAAUAAAUCUGUUUUUGUAUAAUCUAGCACAGGGAAUUUUCGGGGCUCCGUUGUAGAAAUAUGCUAGUUUUUCUUAUUUUGGUGUGGCAUGUUAGGCUUCUAUCAACAUCUUGGACAAUAUUUAUCACCAUCACUGAAUUGGGGUUUUUGAACGAGACCUGACGUUUUCUCUGCACUUCGUAAACGUGUUCUGAGGAGAAAUGAACACACCUUUUAUUUUUUAAAGGGUACACACAGUUUUGGGGGGGUGUCUGGAAACCAUGAUACAUGACUGACUGACAUUAAAAAGAACAAAUAUCUCACCGUGUUUUUUGUUUUUCGCGCAUGCAAUCAGGUUUGAAGGAGUUCUGAGUGAAUGUGACGUGUAUAUUUAGUAGAUAUUCUGUAGACUUCAUGAUCACAUGACUGCUGUCCACAUUACACCUUUCUUUGGAUUUUCUAUGACCUCCUCUGACCGGUGUUCACUGUAUUUGCACAGAUUCGGUGCGUUUGAAAUGUCAUUAAGCAAUACGCUCUGAGAAAAAAUGGUGUGUCCAGGUAAAUCCACCCUAACGCCAUUAUUGUUAUUAUUUUGAUUUCCAUUUUGUGUCAAUGCAAUGUAUAUCGGACUUGAUGCUCAAUAAAGUGUGUAAACAGAGAGAGAGCCUGUUUAGUGUUUUUACAUUUUAGAUGAGAACACACUCUGGGUUCAAGUGUGUUAGACCUCUGCUCGGUAACUGGAACCCUGGGGAAGUGUCACGUUUCAGGCUUGGCUGCAACUCAGCGACCUCCACGACACACACAGGAAAUAUCAGGAUUGUGAGAAACGAUGAGGAAGAGGGUAACGUUUGUGGAGCAGCUGAAAAAAGAGACCAGGUUAAAAAAUGGGCACGUGUUAACGAGGUCUGCAGAAUAUAGCCAGAGAGGCACAGAUGGUGUUGAAUAUUUACCCAGUGAGCCGGUGAGGGAGGCGUUCAGAGGAAAACACGGUAAUGUUUCUUCAGGGGGACAACACAUGAAGACGAUCCACGUUCCCAAAUCCAUGAUGGCUGCUCCCUUCUUACAGCAUCCCGCCCUCACAGCCGGACAGAGACGCUACCUGUGCAGCAUAGCAAGCGUCUACAGCACGGAGCACAUGAGGCAGCAGAUGAAGCAGCACUACCUGCACCUUCUGCACACAUGCCUUCAGUCAGGUCAGAAUCCCCCCUGCAGUAGGAGGCUUGGGACUCAUCAGCGAGGAGAAAACAAAACAAAGGAUGCAGUGAAGGAUGUAAGAACGAAGCCUCAAGGACAGAGGAAGAGCAGCAAUUAUUCUGAUGUCAUACUUCCAAAAAUAAUCAACAGAUGACCCAUUUGAUGGCAUAUUAUUUUCAAGGUGUUAUUACCUUAUAUUGAGUCUUAAUGUUAACACUUCUUAUGUUAUUGUAGAUAUUGUAGGUGUAAAUGCCUCUAACAAAGGAUGUGUGCAGUCCUUUAUAAAUACAGUCUAUGGUGCAUUCAUGUUUUUUUUACAUAUAUCUAUAAACACAUAUAACAACACUGCAUUUGCUAAGGUACUCAACGUGUUUACUAGUUACAUUUUGAUCAGUUAUUUUACUGUAGUUGUGGAAUAUAACUUUAUUGUCAUUGUCAAAAGAUAAAUAAAGA